AUGGACGAAGGCCCACAACUCCGCCAACGCUUCAAGAAGAAGCAAUCCCAGUCUACUCCCACCCCUAUACAACCCCCCGAGUCCAUCGACGAGCGCAUCAUACCAUCCCUCGUAGCACAAUCAAUAGGCAAACAACAACCCGUCGUGUUCGGCUCAUUCGUCCUCACGGCGUUCACGCGCUGGUUUGGACUGAAUCGAUACCGAGUCCACGUGCCAUGGACGGCAUACGUCGCAGAGCAUGGUGGCCAAAGCCCCGCCUUCGACGCGGCUAUUUUCUGCGUCAAUACCAUUUUCAUGGGUCAGAAACAUCACAAUACCACCCUCCAGCGCUCAAGUCGUGAGGUAUACAGCAAAGCGCUUCGGCUCUUCGGUGGCCGGAUUCGCAACGCAGAGGUAAUGAAGUCGACCGAGAGUGUGAGCAUUACCAUCGUACUGAGUCUGUUUGAAGCAUACUCGCGCACGAAUCCAGACUCAUGGGCUCACCAUGCAGCGGGCACUGCAUUACUGAUGGAACAUCGCGGCCCCAAGGCCCAUCUCACCGGCUUCGAUCGGUGCCUCUACCUCUCGUUUCGGAGCUUCCUCGUUGCAGAGGCCUUUGUCAGUGGCAAACGGUGCAUCUUCGAACUACCAGAAUGGCAGCAACACAUUGACCAAAUUCGAGUGGAGGACAUGACUUCGCCGCGUGUUGACGGACCUAUCGCCCUCUUCAUCGAUUUACAAGAUCGGAUAUUCAAGGAAGUCGUCAAAGUACCGGGCUUACUAGUCCACGCGCGCCAAUUACAUACCACCGACGACCCGCCGGAGACAAGACGGGACUUGUCGGCACAGGUUCUCCGCAGCAGCCAGGCCUUGUAUACACUAUCUGCGCAUCUGCGCCUCGCUGCUGCGGUACAGGGCUAUCAGUGGUAUAACGGCGGCGCCGUGAACAAGAAGAUGCCUUUUAUCGGGCCCAUCCCAUCCACAUUCCCACAAGAAUUCGCAAACAGCGUCCUGCGUGGUGCCGAUCACUGCCUUUUAAUCCUCCGUCUUCUUCUCGAUCAUCUUGAGAAUGAUAAAGUGUGGGCAACACACGGCAAGACAAGUGAUCAUGGCGAUGCGCAAAUCGCGGACCCACUGCCAUUUCGAUUUGUCUCAAAACUAAAUUUUGAUAAAGGCAGGAUAGCGGGAUCAGAUGUCAAUGAGUUUGAGGAGAACAUUCCGUCUCCUGAUAAAUGGCUCGAUCUUGUGGCUGCAUCGAUGGGAUUGGAGGCAUUUGAUGUGAUCACCUCCGCUCAAGGGAAUCCCGAUACUGCUCAUUCUGGAGAUAUUAGACAUCUAGACGGGUGGAAUACUGCUCUAUCCUUACGGUGA